AUUAUAAAAUUCGAUAUUUAAAUCUAUAUAGAUAAUAUAUAACAUGAAACAUUUGUGAAUACAUAGAACUAUGAUCUAACCAUGUUAGUAGCCAUUUCGCUUUUCUUGGAAUUGGGAUCGGCAAAGAAACAUACAAUGGCAAAUAAAUUAUUGCUAUCAUAUCUACGACAAAGUACUUCAAUGUGUGUUCGUGGAUUGUCAGCAAUGCAAUUUCCUAACAAAAUUGGUAAUAGAGAUGUAGUAGGUAAUGGAUGGAAUGGUGAAGAAGCUUAUUUAGAUCGAAGUGAUUUUCCUCUGCCUGCAAUUCGUUUCAAAGCAAAUACUCCAGAUAUAAUGGCAUUACGAGAAAAAGAGAAAGGUGAUUGGAAGAAAUUAUCAAUAGAAGAAAAAAAAAUAUUAUAUCGAGCCAGUUUUCGUCAAACAUUUAGUGAAUUUUUAGCCCCAACAGGAGAAUGGAGAGGACAUAUUGGAAUAGCACUUAUAGGUGUAGCUUUUAGUCUUUGGAUAUAUAUAUUUCUCAAAAUUUAUGCAUUGCCACCAUUACCAGAAUCAUUUAAUGAAGAAAACAGACUUGCACAACUGGAACGUAUGAAAUUACUUCAAGUCAAUCCUAUUGAUGGAAUUAGUUCAAAAAAUUAGAUUUAAUUUAUCUAUGUUUUUAAAGCAUAGCAAAAAGUACAGUCUACUAUACAUUAACAGUUGUUUAAUAUAAACUUCUGUCUGUAUAAGGUUAGUAAGAAAAAACUUUAAUAAAUUGAACAUCUCUUUUGAGAUAUAAAAUAA